AUGCACUCUCACCCCACAGUGCGAUUCACAGAACCACCGGUGACUGACAUCAUCGAAAUGGACAUCGACGACGCUAGUCAAGCACAAUCAUCGACAAGCUUGACAGAUCCAUGGAUGAGAGAGGAACGGCUGAUGUUCGAUGACUUGUAUCUUGGGCUGGAUGAUGAGGUGGAGUAUGAAUCCAUGCCCCCACACAUCAGUCGGGAGCUAUAUCUCGGCCCGGAAGAUGACUUCGAUGGUGGGAUUGGUGCGCCCAAGCCGUCCCACCGCGCAAGCAGUGAUCCCCCAGGCCAAGCCAUCAGUCCGGUACUGUACCUUGGGCCAGAAGAGAUGUCCGAUGAACCCAUGGAAUAUUUGAAUCCACCCAAUGCUGAAUGCCUUUCAGCACCUCCGGCCCUCAACAAUGAAGAGCUCCAAGCUAUGAUUCAGGAGUGCUGGCCUUUUGGGUCAUAUCAUGACGUGGGAUUGCAGAAUCUUCAAACCCGACUGGUCAACUUCACAACUACUCACAGAAACCUUCCAGACCCGUCCAUACCGCAGCUCCUGGAGGCAGAGCAACCAUUUCAAACUGCUUGGGCGGAGACAUCUGACAAGCUGGCAUGGGCCGAUCAGGAGCUUCAAAGGAUGCAGAGGGCUGAGCGGGCGAGCAUCAAAAUGCUCAAAGUCGUAGAUUCACUGAUUCAACGGUUCAAGACCCAAAUUCACCAGGGUCAAAGUAGGAUACCCGAAGAUGUAGAUAGCACAUGA